AUGCUUGAUGAGGAGGUGCUGCGGAACAUUAUGAUAACUUGCAUCAUCCUCCAUAACAUGAUUGUGGAGGAUGAGUAUGAUUAUGAUGCUACAGAGGUGUUCGAACCCGAUCCCAUGAAUAUGGAAUUGACUAGAAUUUAUGAAAGGCCAAUGGGAGCAAAUGGACAACCAAUGGAGCAUGAACCGUUAAUUCGAGAUGGUCGAUACAACAACCCUAUGAUUGAUCGUUAUCAGGAAAUGCAAUCUUCCUAUGUUCACGAGAGACGUCAAGUUGACUUGAUCGAGCACUUACGGGAAAUGAAAGGCAAUCACUGUGGAUGA